AUGUCCAGCAAUCCUCAGUGGAAAAUGUUCCAGCCGCCAGAUUCACACUCUACUCCUUUACAGGAUAUUUUAGAUCUCCAGCAGCCCAAUAUGCAAAACAAGCAAGUUUAUCGAACAGGUACUUACAGCAGUGAGUACCCAAGCUCUCCUAGAGAUAAUUUUAAUAAUAUGAACAAGUCAGGGGGAGGGAAUCGAUAUCCUCUUGGUAAUUAUAACUUAGAUGGAUGCCCAAUGGGUGAUUCUGUCAGUGCCUACUCCUCAAGCUCUACUAACAACUCCACCUCCCAGUAUGAUUCCAUGAACUGCCCAACUAUAAGGGAAACUGGAAUAAUUGAAAAACUACUGCACUCCUAUGGAUUUAUUCAAUGCUGUGAAAGGCAAGCUCGUUUGUUCUUUCACUUUAGCCAGUUCAGUGGUAAUAUUGAACACCUGAAGAUUGGUGAUCCAGUUGAAUUUGUUAUGAGCUAUGAUCGACGCACUGGAAAACCAAUUGCCUCUACUGUUACUAAGAUUGCACCAGAAGUGGUACUAAGUGAAGCUAGAGUAACAGGCACUGUGACUACUGAAGUAAAAGGUGAAGGAUCUGGAGAUAAUACAGGACGUAUUUCUUAUGAGAAUAGAGGUGAAUGCUUUUUCUUGCCUUAUACGAAAGAUGAUGUUGAAGGCAAUGUUACUUUACGUACUGGCGAUGCAGUAAGUUUUCAAAUUGCAACUAAUCAAAGAGGAACAUUAGGUGCUUGCCAUGUUCGUUUUGAAAAUCCUGCACACCCAGUAAAAUAUCAUGGUGUGGUGUGUUCAAUGAAGGAAAAUUUUGGAUUUAUUGAAAGGGCUGAUGUUGUUAAGGAAAUUUUCUUUCAUUAUUCAGAGGCAAAGACCAAAGAAGACUUGGCGUUAGGAGAUGAUGUUGAAUUUAUUAUUCAGACAAGAAAUGGUAAAGAAGUGGCAUGUAAUAUCACUAAAUUACCAAGUGGUUCAGUUGUAUUUGAGGAUGUAAGUCCUGAAAUAAUGAGGGGCCAAGUGUUGAAGCCUCUUGAGCGAGGAAAUAUGGUUCGUGUACCACAGAACGAUCCCCUCCCAGGAAGGAUACGAUACCGUGCUGCUGAUCAUUCGGAAGUUGAGGUGCCUUUUGGAGACAAAGAUCAAGGUGGAGAAUUCACUUUGCGUCAUGGAGAUUGGGUUCAAUUCCAGGUAGCAACAGACAGAAGGGACCAGCUUAAACGUGCUACUAAUAUUACAUUACUUGAGGAAUCUUUCAAUGUUUCUGGUGAACGGCGAGAACAAGGUGUAGUGUGCACUCUGAGGGAAGGCUUUGGUUUCAUCCGCUGUGUUGACAGAGAACAGACCAUGUUUUUCCACUUUGCUGAAGUUCUCCGUCUUGGACAUGAAUUGAGUGUCGGAGAUGAGGUGGAGUUUACUGUUGACCCUGUGACAACCUUCUCUAAUAUGAACAAUCGUCAGUCGGCAAUACGUAUUAAGCAUUUGCCACCUGGCACUGUUCAGUUUGAGACUGUAGUAGAACGCGGUGUGCGUGGUGUUGUCUCUAAGGAAGCACAGCAGUUUUCCUCAUCUUCUAGCCCAUCUAGAAAGCCACCAGCUGAUUACAAUGGCCUGAUUACUGCCCAAAUAAGUGGUGCCAAAAAAUCAAUCCCAUUUACUGCAAAAAAAUGUGAAUCAAAGAUGUUGCCACGUGUGGGGGAUAAAGUGAUGUUUGACCUAUAUCAAGUGAAGCGGACUAAAGAACUCAUAGCAAUGUCAGUACAAGUUCAACACAGCCUGACAAAUGGAAAUUCCAUUAAUGGGAACUCCAACAUCCGUCCCAUUAUGCAGGGUUUCAUAGCUGCACUGAAAGAUGGCUUUGGCUUUAUUGAGACUGCUGAUCACACCAAAGAAGUUUUCUUCCAUUUCAGCAACUUAGAGGGCAGUCCAGAUGGCCUGGAGCUUGGUACAGAAGUCGAGUACUCACUGGGGCGUGUGAACGGUUCAGGAGGAGGUUGCGCUAGCGCGGAAUUUGUACGCGUUUUGCCAAAGGGCACUAUACCCGUGGCUAAACCUCUCGAGCCACCACUCAAUGGCACUGUGACUAGGACCCUCCGAGCACUGAACCCAGACCAGGCUCAAUAUUCUGGUAUGAUUCAAAUAGAAGGCGGAACCACAUAUGAGUUUGGCAUUAUGGGAUUGGCUAGCAAGCGUGAAAUUUUACAAGUGAGCGACCCGGUCACUUUCCAAGUGGAUGUUGAAGGUAGGGCCACUAACAUUGUGCCCAUAAGGAAGAAACGACGCGCCACUGUGGAUGCCAUCAAAGGUGGUUUCGGAUUUCUAUCCAUCGAAGCGGAGGAAAAUCGGCGCCUGUUUUUCCACAUGUCGGAGGUGCGUGGCAACCCAUCCGAAUUGCAGCCCGGCGACACUGUCGAGUUCGUUAUGUUGACCAACCAAAGGAAUGGCAAGUCCUCAGCUUGCAACGUUGUUAAAGUCAGCGGCAAGGCGGCGGGCAAGCGGUGCGAGCGGCCGGAGCGGCUGUUGGCGCGGCUGCGCACCGCUUCGCUAGAGGAGGCUGGUGCGCCGCGCGUCGUUCUGGCGCGAGCGCCGCGCGGGCCCGACGGCAGCCGCGGCUUCCGCCCCAGGCGCCCUAUCGCCGAACAACUCGCCGAGUGA